AUGUCUUCUGCUGCCCCGCCUCCGCUUUGUCUGCACUGCGGCAAGGUACCCCUCACUUACGAUGAUCUUCGCUCAGUCAUCUCCUCCGAGGGCGCCAUCCCCUUCUUCCUGCUCGGCUCAUGGUCCCAUAUCAGCACAAGCCCCUGUCCUCUCUGCCAACUCGUGGCACAUGCCAUCUUCGAGGCUCACCGGCUCUCGCCCGGCUCCUUUCCGCAAGGAGACGACGAGACGUUUGCCCUCGUCUGGAAAGAUGACGCGGAGCCUGGGCAUCGCGGCGCAUACAGCAUCAAUGACUCAACGAACACCGCCACGGGACAAUUCGUCUGUUUCGUGUCCGAGUCGCCCGAAACUACACAAGUUGCGAGUGACGCUCACUUUCUGUUGCCGACGAUCAAGUCCAAGGUUGAGAUUUCGAGGAUCCUGCAAUGGAUCGAGACGUGUACUACAACGCAUCCCAUCACCAGAUGCAGAGCCCACAACUAUCAAGGCUUCAAGUCAACGUUCCCUAGACUUCAGGUGCUCCGCCUUAUUGAUCUCGAGAAUGACAGCUUGAUUGAGGUGUCAGAUAUCCGCCCAUACAAGUAUGUUGCGCUCAGCUAUGUUUGGGGCGGAGUCUCCAGCUUCAGACUCACCAAGUCAACUCUGGGACGACUGCGGCAACCUGGCUCGGUCUCCCAAAUACGCGACAGACUGUCGCUUACGAUACUGAAUACCAUGAAGCUAGUGAAGCUCCUCGGGCUGCGCUAUGUUUGGGUCGACCUUCUUUGUCUCGUACAGGACGACCCAGAAGACCUAAGAAGGGGCACAGCUGUAAUGGACAACGUCUUUGAACGGUCGUGGCUUACGGUCAUUGCGGCCUGCGGUAAUCAUGCGAAUUAUGGUUUGCCAGCGGUGACGGGAACGCGGGCCCCGCAACACGCCAUGCGAAUUACAGACAAGACGCGCCUCGGGCUGUACACGCCCCUCGACUGGGCGCUUGCGGCAACGGUCUACCAGACUAGAGGAUGGACGUUCCAAGAACAAGCUCUAUGUCAAAGAGCGCUCUGCUUCGUCGACAACAAAGUCUUCUUUCGCUGUGGGAGCGACGGGUUCAGCGAGGCAUGCUUAGACCAGCCAGUCGCCAGGAAGAGACACGAGUGGGAGGAGCCAUGGUCCCCACCCCAAGCGUUCCGGCUCAAGGACCCAGUGCGCGACUGGGAAGAUAUCGUCAGUCGCUACUCUGGCCGCGCUCUCACGGAUCAGAGAGAUGUCCUGCGAGCCGUCGAGGGGAUCAUGCGCCGCGCAACAGAGAAGGGGAACAUCCGGUUCAUCGAAGGCGCCGGCAAGGGUUUCCCAGCUGGUCGUGGUCGGGCUGGGUGGGAGCUAGUCGCGUUCAUCCGAGCCAAGGACAUGUCUUCGACCAACUUCAUCACUGGCUGA